AUGUCGACUUCGAUUACCACGACGCUCGCUUCGCUAACGCCAACGGCCGUGUCCACCACGCCGCUUCUAAAUGGCACCAACUUCACAACGGGCGCCAACGCCACGGCCAAUUUAACGGUUCUCGUCCUCCCCCAGCUCACGACGCAGUUUGUGCCGCCAUCGCAAUGCACCCCGGUUAAGAACUGGACUGCGGCCACGGUCUCGUACACACUUGGCGAUAGCGAGGGAAACACCACAUAUCCGCAAAUUCUGGUGCCCGUCACCAAUGCCCAGUACUCCGCGUGCCAACCGUCUGGCUGGAACAAUAUUAACAGCAGCUACUUGUUUAGCUACAGCAAAGCCGUUUGCCCCAGCGGCUACAACUACAACCAGCUCUCCGAUUUAUUCAACAACCAGCCCAAUACAGAAACUAUUCGCACCACAGCCUACUGCUGCCCGAGCGGCUUCUCGUACUCCAUGUUUUACGAAAGGGAUAUUAUCGGAAUAUCCGGGGGUAACUGCAUGAAAACGAUCACGUUGACUCCUACUACGGCGCAAACCACGCCUACGACGACAGCCACCGACUCCUCAACCGCCCGCUCUGCCUCUGUGUCAGCGACAACCAAAUCAGCCUCGAUUGCAGCCAGGAAUGCCACAAGCUCCCCACCACUCACGCCAGGACCCUCAGUAGUGACAAUGUUUUACCAACCCUGGUUUAUCGAGUGGGAAAAGAAGGAUGCCUCUGAACUUUCACCGUCACCGCCGGUCGUGUCUGUGCAGUAUCCAGUCAAGACCUGGGAACCAGGCACGGAAAUCGACCCUAGCCUGACCAGAAAGCAAACCAACCCCGAUGCGCUGGAUAAAGGCUUGGGACAGAUAAUUGGCAUCGUGGUUGGCUGCAUCGCUGCCGCAUUCGCCGGCAUUUCUGCCGUCGCGCUCUGGUUCUGUGUUCGAUCCCGGCGGAAAGAGCGACAGGCGUUUGAACGCGAAGAGCAUCAGCUCCAAGAGCAAAGACUGCAACGUAUUGGUGAAUACCAAAGAUCGCGAUCGCCCACUGAUGACGAGCCGCUACCCGUCUACGUCAAAGCGCGCGAGCAAGACAAAGCUACUGUCGCCGGCGUGGCGGUGCCUCCAUAUAAGGAACGCCCGAGCUCGGAGAGUUCACGGCACAGCCACCAGCAAGACUAUCAAAAUACAUCUGAAGGUCGCAACGACAUACAUCAAGACACUGAUGGACUAACAAUACACGACCAACACACACUCGAGCAUUCAGCACCAAACAACAGCACACAGGCACACAGUGGCGGGAACCGACGGCAUUAA